CGCUCUCGAAGUGUUUGUUAAACAUGAAGUCGUUUCUAAUUUUAUUCUACUUAGCUCUAGUCAGGUUAGGCGCAGCUGAGGAGCUUAACCAAAAUGGAUUGAAUAUAUUGGAGCAACAGAAUUGCGGAGUCUUCAAUGAAAAUGAUUUAUCUCUUAAUAAUAACGAAGCUAAUCUUGGCUCCAGACCUUGGAUGGCAUUGCUUAAGAUUCGCAUUAGCGAUAAAGACAGUUUUGCAUGUUUGGGAACUCUGAUAACUGAUCGCUUUUUGCUAACCGCUGCACAAUGUGCCAAAUAUGGAGAGAUAAAAUCUGUGCGUUUAGGUGAGUAUGAUCAAUCAAAGGAUCCAGAUUGUAGAUCAUAUGACAGUAAAGAGAAAUGCCUUCCUUCCGUCGAGGAUAUCGACGUCGAAAGAGUUGUUCUACAUGAAGACUACAAAAACUCACUUGGAAGCAAUGAUAUUGCGCUUGUCCAGCUCUCCCGGAAAGUUGAAUUUAAAGAACACAUCCGCCCAAUAUGUUUGCCACUGAAUUCAGCACUACAACAACAAGUAGAAUCUCUGCAAAGUAUGCUCCUUACUGGAUGGGGUUAUGAUGAUAAAUUUUCAAGUGAAAACGAUGUACUGCGUGAAGUCAUUGCUCCAAUUGCUGAUCGUCAAAAUUGUUCACAACACUUGCGUGGCAUCAAAAUCGAGCAAAGUCAAUUUUGUUCCUAUAUGAAUGGUAUAUUGUGUAAAGGAACAUCUGGAGCCCCAUUAAGCAAGCCUGUGGAUUAUUUGGGUAAACAACGAUUUGUGCAGUUUGGCAUCGUCUCGUUCGGAUCCACAAGCUGUAGUACAAGCUCUCUAGAAGUGAACACAAACGUGGGAAGUUUUAUGCCCUGGAUAACCAGAGUAUUGGGACAGCCGUUGUAAGCCCAAAGCCGUUGUAAGUCAAGUACAUUUUAUUAAAUAUGUUCAAUAAAUCUCAGAAAUUCGCACUUC